AUGGCUCUGGACAGCGGAUGUAGGGAUCUGCUGUGGAACACGCUGAGGGAGCUGGGGGAGGAUGACUUUGAGUCCUUCAGGUUCCACACGGCCCUGCCUAGAAGGGUGCGUGAAAACACCCGCCUUGAGUACAUUGCUGACAAGCUCUUGAUUAAGCACGGCGAGAACACUCUGGAUGAGACCGUCAAGAUUCUGGAGAAGAUCGGGAACAACGAUUUGGCCGAGAAGCUGCGCAGCGACAUGCUGAAAAUAAAAGGCUUCUCCGUCCUUGAUGAUGAUCAGAUUGCCACAUUGAAGGCGGACCUGCAGGACAACCUGCAGAGUUUGUACAGCUCUGUUUCCGAGGGCAAAACCAAGCGCAGGCAGCAGCAGCCUCUGGCGAACGUCUACACGGAGCUGGACAUCACCUACGGGGCCGACGUCAGGCCCGACGAGCGACACGAGGUGCUUCAGAUGGAGACGCGUGCCGCCGCGGCCAAGAACUCUAUCCUGCCGUGCGACAUCUUCAAAAGCCAUGACGGGCAGCCGCAACCGAUACGCACGCUGCUCACCGUCGGCUUCGCGGGAAUCGGGAAAACCUUACUGGUUCAAAAGUUUGUGUGUGACUGGGCCAGCGGGAAAACCAACCAGGACGUGCACUUCAUAUUUCCCUUCACAUUCCGUGAGUUGAACACGGACAAAGGGAAAAGUUUUACGCUGGCCAAGCUCAUCCGACGCUACGUUUGCGAGAGUAGGCAUAUGAACGAGGAGACACUGAACAAUAUAUUUGCGGAAAUGCAGACGUCCGGGAAGCGGGACUACGAACGCAGCAGGCUCAAAAUCUUGUUUGUCUUGGAUGGACUGGAUGAGUGCAACUUUAAAAUGGACUUGAAGAAUGAGAUGAAAGUGGACAUAGAUGUGAAGAAGGCUUACCCGCUGGAGGUGCUCCUGGCGCACCUCAUCAAGGGGAACCUGCUUCCUUGCUCCCGGGUUUGGAUCACCACGCGGCCCGCGACGGCCCGCGAUAUCCCCUCCGACCUCAUUGACAGCAGAACGGAGGUGAGAGGAUUCAGCGAUUUCAAGAGGCUGGAGUACUUCAGGAAAAAGUUCCCAAAUGAGGAGUGUGUCAUUGAGCACAUCCGAAAAACUCGCACCAUCUUCAUCAUGUGCCACAUGCCCAUCUUCUGCUGGCUCACCGCUACAGUUCUUCAGGAUCAUUUGGACAAAGGGAAGGAGGGAGAGCUUCCCACAACGCUGACCGACAUGUACUCAGAGUUUGUGUUUAAUCAACUGAAAAGGUCAGGGAAGAGACAGAUGACCAAGUACAUUUAUUAUGUGAAAGCGCUAGCAAAGAUGGCCUUUCACCACACCAUGAGUAAACAACAGAUCUUCUAUGAGCAGGAUCUGGUGUACAGCGGCUUUGAUUACAGCCAAGCCGCAAAACACUCCGGUAUAUUCACCGAGGUGUUGAAGGAGGUCCAACCACUCAGAAGAAACCAACAGGGCAAGAUGUUUCAGUUCGUCCAUCUGACCGUGCAGGAGUAUAUGGCCGCAUUACAUGUGAUGAUUUGCCUUUUCCAUGACAACAAGAAUGUACUGGAUGAUUCAGGACGCAUACAAAGACGUUUUAGGUUUUUCAAACAAAAGACAAUCCCUGAGGUCCAUGAGUCAGCUCUCCAGGUAGCCUCGGAGAGUGGAGGAUACCUGGACAUGUUCAUCCGCUUCCUCUUUGGCCUUUCCUUGCCAUGCAACCAGAAAACAGUGGGGGAACUGCUGAAGGCUCCUCGGGACUGCAGGCAAAAUAAGUCCAAGAGUGUCAAGUUGAUCAUGGAAAUGAUUAAACGGAACACUCCAGAGAAGAACAUCAACUUGUUCUACUGCCUAAACGAGCUGAAGGACGACUCUUUGCUGAAGCAGUUUCAGAAGGAAGAUAGUUCAGACUAUAUUGACUGGGACAACAUGCCAAAUGACAUGUGGUCGGCCUUGGCCUUCUUCUUACUGACAGACGACGAAACCAUGAACAGCUUUUGCCUGAGGCUUUACAACCCGUCGCCUUUGGGGCUCCAGAAGCUGUUGGUGGUGGUCAAGGCUUCUCAAGAAUCAAUUCUAGGAUCUUGUAACCUGAACAAAGACAGCUGUCACCUGCUGGCUUCCGUUCUCAGCUCUCCAUCCAACAUGAAGCAUCUGGACCUGUCCCAGAACCAUCUGUCAGACGAAGGGGUGGAGAUCCUCUCGAAAGGACUGGCCAGCCCAAACUGCAUCUUGGAGUCCCUCAAUCUAAGUCGUUGUCACCUGGACAAAGGCAGCUGUCACCUGCUGGCUUCCGUACUCAGCUCUCCAUCCAACCUGAAGAGUCUUGACCUAAGAGGUAACAAACUGUCGAACGAAGCGGUGGAGAUCCUCUCCAAAGGACUGGCCAGCCCAAACUGCAUCUUGGAGUCCCUCGAUCUAAAGAGUUGUAAGCUGGGAAAAGGCAGCUGUCACCCGCUGGCUUCCGUACUCAGCUCUUCAUCCAACCUGAGGCAUCUGGACCUGUCCCACAAUGAUCUGUCGGACAAAUGGGUGGAGAUCCUCUCGAAAGGACUGGCCAACCCAAACUGCAAGUUAGAGUCCCUCGAUCUAAAGAGUUGUAAGCUGGGAACAGGCAGCUGUCACCCGCUGGCUUCCGUUCUCAGCUCUCCAUCCAACCUGAAGCAUCUGGACCUGUCCGAGAACAAUCUGUCGGACGAAGGGGUGGAGAUCCUCUCGAAAGGAUUGGCCAGUCCACACUGCACCCUAGAAUCCAUCCGGCUGUCAGAGUGCGGGUUCACCAAUAAAGGAUGCCUUUUUUUGGCCGAGGCGCUCAAGUCAUACCCCUCCCAUCUUCAAGAGCUGGACCUGAGUGUGAAUAAAAUAGGAAAAGAAGGAAAGAGGGUCUUAUCGGACGUCCAAGAGGAUCCCAGCUAUCGCCUGCAGUAUGUCUGGUUCGAGUCGGAAUCCGACACUGAAAGCGAAUCAGAGGAGGAAGAAAGUCCCGAAGAACAUGAUUCUGAGGAGAUUUGA